GGCAAACUGGGGAGGGGGGGCAGACAGAAUGACAGACGCGAGACGCAUAUACGCGUUUUUAUCGUUUAAGAGCGAGUAGCUCAGCCUUCCAACUUUGAAUAGCCAGGUGCUGUUUGGACUGCGGGAAUUAAAACAAAAACGAAAAAAAAAAAAAAAAAAAACACGGACGCGUUAUCGCAGCUCCUCUCACGCAUGAACAGACAACCGAAGGCAGGAGCUGAAAAUGGUUGCCAGAGUCCUGUACGUAACCGUGGUGAUUUCCACACUAUUCAGUGCCUUACUUGGAUGCCCAACAGUUUGUACCUGCUCAAUCAGAUAUGGAUAUUAUUUUGUGGAUUGCUCCCACAGAGACUUGGCUGAAAUCCCAACUGCCGUGCCCCCUAAUGUUAACACUAUUAGUUUAUCGGCAAACAAGAUCAGUUUGGUACCACAAGGCAUUUUUAACAAUGUCACCCAGAUGAUGUCGCUAUGGAUGGCCCACAAUGAAAUCGUCUCCAUCGAGCCAGGAAGCCUCACGCCCAUGGUUCUCCUGCGUAAUUUGGACAUCAGCCAUAAUAAAAUAGUCGACUUUCCGUGGGGGGAUCUGCGGAAUCUCACUGCCCUGCAGUUGCUUAAGAUGAACCACAAUGAGUUGGUCAGUCUGCCCAGAGAUGCCUUCGUUAAUCUCAAAAACCUCAGGUCCAUUCGUCUUAACAACAACAAGUUCUCAACUAUAGCUGAGGGGACAUUUGAUGCUUUGAUUUCUUUGUCCCAUUUACAGAUCUUCAACAAUCCUUUUGCAUGCACUUGUUACAUAGACUGGUUUAGAGAUUGGCUUUCAACUGCUACCAUCUCCAUCCCUGAACAGAACUCGAUCAAUUGUGCUACUCCAGCGACACUUCAAGGAGAAAUGAUAGUGAACUUACCUGAUUCAAAAUGCACGCACCCGAAUGUCACAAUAUGGACUGAGCCAAAUAUUGACUACACCACUUUAUACGAGGGCGAUGCUUUGGUCUUACAUUGCGAGUAUAAAGGAAACCCAAAGCCAUUGGUCACAUGGAAUAUUCGCAGUCAAGCACAAGAACUGAACCAGACUUUUACAGAGAAUGACUCAGCUCAAUCAAGUGACACGUCCUUAUUGUCAAAUAAUUCAGUCCAGAUCUUUAAGAACGGAACCGUCAUCAUCUCACACCUUAGCACAGAGGUUGGAGGCAACUACAGCUGCGCUGCCUCAAACGAAUUUGGCACUGCAGCAGGCUCGCUUUUUGUCAAAGUGGUGCCUCCGUCAGAACAAAUAUCUGCAAAGGACAAGACCACAACAGCGCUUUACAAUACAACACCACAACCAAUAAAGUCAAUAACUGGAACGUCUGCUUUUGAUUCCGUUUCUGAACGUGUUUUGCCCACUAGAGAGAUGAACCCACAGUCUUAUGAUGAGUUCAUGGGUGCACCUAAAUGCGGAUUGAAAGCUAAAAAAAUCCACAUCUCAAGCCAUGUCUUAAAUGGGAGCUUGGAUGACACAAAUUACUACACGUUUGACUUUGGCAUCAUUGCCCUAUGGGUGUCAGAAACGGAGGCAACCGUACGACUCAACCCUCUUCUUAUACCCAGAGACAAGCAGGCAACCCGGACUGCCGCCAUUGUCGCGUCAUCGGAAAGCCCUCCCAAUGCCACCGAAAACAACUAUGAAGAAAUCACUUCACGAGGACUGUAUCUGUGUGUUACCUCUGACCACGAACACUCCCCUGUGCUGUGGUCGCUGGUUAAAGAGGGUCUCAGCACUUACCUACUCAGUGGUUUGCGGCCAGGUACCAACUACUCCCUGUGUUUGACCCGCAAGGGGGAAGACUGUGAGGUGCAAGUGCUAUUCAGCACCAAAAAGAAGGUGCCUAAUUUGAUCAUCAUCAUCUCAGUCAGCAUCUGCCUACUGACUGUGUCCACCGUGCCUCUUCUAGGAGCCAUGUGUUUCCACUUGGUUUAUAAAUACCGCAGCAAAACAUACAAGCUGAUGCUAAAGGCCAGAGACCAGUAUCAAAUGGAGAGGAACCGGGCCAGCACUGUCAACAUCACACCACUAACCGAGUCUCAGAGGAAUAUAAACGUCGAUCAACUGGAUGAAGAGGAUGGGGGUACCGAGAGUCUGGAUGGAGAGAAGGAGGCAGAUACAGAAGAAAGUGUCAUGACUGACACUGCCACUUUGUCUCAGUCAAGAGGGAAUUUGGAUGACUGCGAGGUCGGAUCAGACUUCAGUGAUAGGCUUCCUUUGGGGGCCGAAGCUGUCAAUAUCACAAGCAAUUAGAAAUACAUACAACAGUAA